GGCCGGGGCCAGGGCAGCAAUGUGGGCCGCCCGGGCGGCCGCGGUGCCGCGGUGCUGCCGGGCCCUGCGCAGCUCCGCAGCCCUGGGCGGCCCCAGGAACCUGCUGCGGAAGAUGCUCCGCAAGAAUAAAAAGAAGUUCUGGUAUGACAGCCCUACCCUGGGAUCACAAACGUUGUAUAAACCAACCAAGCUGGACUUUUUAAUGAAAAAUGAUCUGACGAAAACAAGGAAAGAAGAUAACAUGCGCUGCAAAGUCUUGAAUGGUCUUAUUCAUAAAGCUGUGUUAGAGAUGGCGACUACCUGUGAAGUCAGUCAAGAAUUUUAUGAUCUCAAGCUGGAAAUCUGCAAGGUGUCCCUGUCAUCCAACUUUUCAGCGUGUCGUGUGUACUGGAACCCUGCUUCCGCUGUGGAGAAGGAAAGUUACAUUGAAAGCGUGCUGCGAAGGAGUGCUCCACGUAUCCGGUAUCUUCUGAAGAGUCAGCAGAUUGUAGGAAAUGUACCCCCAGUAGUGUUUAUAAAAGAUAAAGAAGCUGCAGCUGUAAAAGAGGUUGAGGACUUACUGGCAAUUGCUGAUUUUGGGCCUCCAGAAGAAGAAACAUCUCAAAAUGAUUCAAGUAAACUCUUUCCUUCAACAACUCAAUCUUCAGAUUCACCCAUGCGGCUUAAUCUGUUUGGUAUUGAUCAUGAACUGCUGAAUAAACAGAUAAUGGACUAUAAAAAAAUGAAAGCAUCAAGACAUACAGAAAACAUUGCCUGGACAGAGAAGCAGCAGCAGCAGCUUUAUAAGAUUCAAAAGAAAAUGAAAAAGAAAAAAGCAAGGAAUCCUCCUGACGAUGAUGAUGUUCUGCCACAGAAACACUUACUGGACAGUUGUGAAGCUGAUUACUGGGAUGACAACACUGAAUCAGCCUCAGACUAUGAGCUGCAGGAUGAAUUACUGGAAGAGGUGAAUGAAUUGGAGGUGGAUGAAGACAAAAUUUCAAGUCAGUCUACUGGUAAACUGAAAUGAAGUGAAAAAGCCACUCCCUUCAAAAUGAAGGCUGCCAAUAACAAAAAAAAAAAAA